AACAAUCUCCAGACGCUAGCCGAAAAGCGUGACUAAGUAUAUCGGCAACUUCCGUCCUUUUCUAAGAAAAGAGCAUUCCAUUUAUUAUAUACAGCACCACCAUUGUUCAUUGUUUCUCACAGCUUUCGCCCGUGCAUUCUGCACAACACGCAAUGGAAAAUCUUCUCAUCUUCCCUACAAAUGCUAUUGCAACCGCGGUUGCCUUCUUGAUUUUUGUCUGCUCUGUGUUUUGUAUAACAAGAUCAAUGAAGAAAAAGAAAGCAGCUCCAGAAGCUGGCGGUGCAUGGCCGCUAAUUGGCCACCUCCACCUUCUAAGAGGACCCCAACCGUCCCACAUAGUGUUUGGCAACAUGGCUGAUAAAUACGGUCCAAUCUUUACUAUCAAGAUGGGCGUGCAUCCAACUUUAGUAGCAAGCAAUUGGGAAAUGGCCAAAGAAUGUUUUACCACUAACGAUAAAGCCUUUGCCAAUCGUCCAAAUAUUCUUGCUAUGGACCUUCUGGGCUAUGGUCGUUCUAUGUUUGCUUUCAGUCCAUAUGGUAACUACUGGCGUCAAAUCCGCAAGAUAUCCACACUUGAGCUUCUUUCGAACCACCGACUACAGAUGUUCAACCAUGUACGCGAAUCCGAGGUAGGAACAGCUUUAAAGGAGUUGUAUAAAUUGUGGGAGAAGAACAAAACUACCAAUUCGAAUAAUAAGGUUUUGGUGGAGAUGAAGAGAUGGUUUGGAGAUAUAACCUUAAACAUAAUUCUUAGGAUUAUUGUUGGAAAAUUCAUCGGAUAUGAGACUGCAGAUGAAGGAAAAGAGAGUAACGAAGGAUGGAAACAAGCGCUAAGGGAUUUCUUUCAUUUGUCAGGGAGAUUUAUAGCGGCUGAUGCGGUCCCUUUUCUGCGGUGGCUGGAUAUUGGGGGACAUGAAAAGACUAUGAAGCAUACUGCAAACAAAUUGGACAUUGUUGUUACAGAGUGGCUAAACGAGCAUAAAGAAAAGAAAGCUUCUGGCUGUGUUAAGAAGGGUGAAGAGGACUUCAUGGAUCUAAUACUUGAUAUUAUGGAUGAUGAAGCCGAAGCAACUCUAAGUCGCGAUUCCGACACAAUUAACAAAGCUACAUGCUUGGCUCUUACUCUCGCAGCUUCAGACACAACAUCUGUCACUUUGAUAUGGGCUCUCUCGUUAUUAGUCAAUAAUCCCGAUGUCCUGAAGAAAGCCCAAGACGAAUUAGAUGUCCAAGUUGGAAGAGAAAGGCAAGUGCAUGAAUCUGAUGUUAACAACUUGAUUUUCCUAAAAGCCAUAGUCAAGGAAACGUUGCGUUUAUACCCUGCUGGACCACUUUCUGUGCCACAUGAAUCCAUGAAGGAUUGCACCGUAGCUGGUUACCAUAUUCCAGCAGGCACAAGACUUGUUACCAACCUGUCAAAGAUUCAUCGCGAUCCCAGAGUGUGGUCGAAUCCUUCAGAAUAUCAACCAGAAAGAUUUCUUACAAGUCACCAAGAUUUUGAUGUUAGGGGAAAAACUUUUGAGUUCAUACCAUUUGGUAGUGGAAGAAGAAUGUGCCCUGGAGUGUCCUUUGCGCUUCAAGUUUUGCAUAUAACAUUAGCUACGUUGCUACAUGGGUUUAAUUUUGGAACACCAACAGGUGAGCCACUUGAUAUGACUGAGAACUUUGGUUUAACCAACCUUAGAGCAACUCCACUGGAAGUUGCUAUUAAUCCACGUCUGGGGCCUCAUCUAUAUGAAUAAGUGGACCAGUGAAAUUAGAGUAUUUUAGAAUUUGAUUAGUGUUCUAUUAUUGAAAUAGGCCUAAACUUUUAAUCAAAUCCCAUCGCUUCAAUAUCGCCUCUUUGGUUUGGUAACAUAAUUUCUCACCAUAUCCUUUUCAUUGUCAGCUAUUAGCGAAAGUGGAAAUUAACCGACCUUUUCAGUUUUAUUUAUUCUAUAUAAUACGUUGUCACAAGCUUAACAACACUUGCAUUUAUGUAAUUAUGUCAAUUUCUUUUUCUUUUA